UGGCGAAUGCGUCGUUGGCAAAGGUGGUGGCGGGGUUGAUGGGAAACGAAAAUUUGGAGAUUGGGGAUUUGGUUUGCAGCAGUAGAGCUCCGGAGAGCUUGGAGAGACGGCUGUGGUGGGGGUAUGGUUGGUGCGGGUAGGGAGUUGCGAUUUUUUCUUUUUUUGGGGUUUUUUGGGGUUUUUUGGGUUUUUUUUGUCGAGAAGGGGAGGUUGGAGGGAGCGAGGAGGGGGGUUGUGGACGAGGAAGAUGGAAGGUGGGCGAUUUAUAGGGAAUGGGAUGGAAGCCACGUCGGGAGCUGUGGUUGGGUUUGUUGCUACUGGAAUCUGGAAGCUAUGGUAGAGUGCGGGUGGUAUGGAGUUUAAUGAUGCUUCAUUUCUUGCCUCGCCGUGGGAUCAACUCCACUGGAGUGUUAUGCGAGAUAUACUUAGAUAGAAUUAGGGGG